GGCGCCCGGAAGGGGCCGGGCUGGGGCUGGCGGCGGCAGCGGGCGGGCAGCCGGGCGCCGCCAUGAGCCGCCUGCGGGAGGAGGACGACCCGUACGUGGUGGAGGAGCCCAGCGACGAGGAGCGAGCGCUCAGCAGCUCAGAAGAUGAGGUGGAUGUGCUCUUACAUGGCACUCCGGACCAGAAGCGGAAGCUGAUACGGGAGUGCCUGACUGGGGAGAGCGAGUCUUCCAGUGACGAUGAGUUCCAAAAGGAGAUGGAAGCGGAACUGAACACGACCAUGAGGACUAUGGAAGGCAAAUGGAAAUCACCAGAAACAGGUGCUUCCUCAAGUACUGGGCAGACUGGACCUGCCACCACUUCAAAAUACUAUGAUGACAUUUACUUUGAUUCUGAUUCAGAGGAUGAAGAUAAAAUAGUUACACAGGAUGUCCAGAAAAACAGAAAACAUCAGCAACGUCGGAUUCUUUCCAAUGACGAACUGCUAUAUGACCCAGAAGAAGACAGUAGAGACCAAGAGUGGGUAGACUCACAGAGGAGGGGGUACCGUAAUCAAAGAAGAGUGCCACAGCAGCAGCACCAGACAAAACCUUCAGCUGUUCCAAACAGUGAUGCUGUUUUGAAUUGCCCUGCUUGCAUGACAACGUUAUGCCUGGACUGCCAGAGACACGAAUCUUAUAAAACACAAUAUAGAGCAAUGUUUGUGAUGAACUGCAUUGUUAACAAAGAGGAAAUUCUGAAAUACAGAAAGAAGCUGAAGAAAAGAAGAAAGAAAAUGAAGCACAACAAAGAAACUACGUCUGUACAAUCAAAUCAAGAAGAGGAGGAAGUGUAUCAUCCAGUGUUAUGUACUGAAUGCUCAACUGAAGUGGCAGUAAUGGAUAAAGAUGAAGUUUUUCACUUCUUCAAUGUUCUAGCCAGCCACUGCUAGUGUGCAAAAGCAGGGGAAAAAAAAAAUCCUGUACUGUUUAAGACUGUGUGAAGUAUCAGAAAUGCAGGCAUGUUAGCCUUUUUAAAAUACGGUCUUUUAAAUGUACAUUUUUGUCAGAGAACUUUAUAAUGGUUGGAUUUUUGCGAAGUUUAUGAAAGGAAUACAUUUAACUGCGUGUAUGUGAGAGCAAUAUUCUUUCACACUGUGAGGUGUUUGCAUCAUUGAGGAUUUAAAAUUUUGUAAAUAUAAUGUAAGAUCUGUGUAUUAUGAUAAUUCCCUGUAUAUAUACUAUCCAUUAUCUCAAUAUGUAUUAGAACUGCUGCUUAGAAUAAAUACUGUAUAGUAACUA